AUGUUCAACGACAAUCUCCUCAUCUGCAGGGCUUGCGGAACCCAAUUCGAUACCUCCGAUCGGAAUGUGCUCAAAAACUGUCGAAUUUGUGAUGUUUGCUCCCUCCCUUUGUUCAAGCCUGCGACCGGAGCUGACAGAGCUACUUGUAGGACCCCCGCCAGUUUGUUCCUCCGACCGGACAAGAAUUCACGACUCUCGUAGAGAUGAAAGGUAAUUACGAGACUAUGAUGGCCCCAGAUAAAACCGACGGUAAUAUAAUUUCCUUGUGGACCGAGCCGAAAGUACUGUUGCCGUUUCACAACCGCUCAGGGGCUUGGGGCUAAUGGGGUAGCGUACAGUUCGCGAUCGGUCAGCGUGCCUUCUUGAUAAAAACGCCUCAUGGAAACGUCCUAUGGGAUCUGAUAACUUACCUUGACGAUGAGAAUAUCCGAAGAAUCAACGAAGAGGGCGGGAUCCAGGCUAUUGUGAUUUCACACCCACACUACUACACCACCCAUAAUCUCUGGGCGAAAACGUUCGGUUGUCCGGUAUACCUCGCAACGGAAGAUAAAGAAUGGCUGUGUCGGGAGGAUCCCCAAGGGAGAGUCUUCAUAGAGGGGAACGAGGAGGAGGUUGUUAAAGGGGUAACGGCAGUUAAAGUGGGAGGACACUUUCCGGGCAGUUUAGUUCUACACUGGGGAGACAGACUAUUCAUUGCUGAUUCGUUUGUCACUGUGCCGGUACGUUCUUUAAGGAUUUACGUUUGCGGCAGCCGGCUAAUGACUGUAGAGUGCGUUGUAUCACGAGGGUAGACUACCGGGGACCGCCUCUUUUAGUUUUAUGUGGUCAAUUCCCAAUAUGGUAAUUUCUUUGAUGCUGGUCGGUAUGCUUGUCUAACAAGACCAGAUAACAAUGCCGCCGCAAGCCAUAGUAAAUAUCUGGAAGGCCUUGAAGCCUUAUAAAUUCACGACUACCCAUGGCGCAUUCACGGGGAUGGAUGUUAGGGAUUCUAGGGUCAAAGCACGGCUAUUGGAGAGUGCUAAAAUUGCAAUUAGGGCGAUGGGGUAUGAGGAGAGCCAGUUCAUUGAGGAGCUGUCUGAGUAAGGAUUGGCACAAUGACCACUUUUGCGGAUUCAUGCAUCAUCUAUAUACUCCGGCGUUAGUGUGGAGAACGGUGUUGUAAGAUCCCUUAAGACAGAUACGGGGAUGUCUCAUAAUCGUGCACAAAGGAUGCUAGGUCCUAAAGUGGAAAACAUGAGCCUUCAUAACAUGGUGUCUGGGGAAGGGAAAUGAGGCCCGACGGCUCGGUACCCUUCCCCGCCCUGUUAGUAGCAUAAUCCCGAAGCAGGUGCUUGGUUUUGAUAGUAGCAGUGAAUCACACAGGAAGGUCCUCUGCUAAAUUUGGUUUCCUCCCGCAAUCAACCGCAGAACUCGGCCCGGGGUUUGAUAAAAGACCGGGAUGUGCCGAAAGCUUCCAGGGCUGGUACGACACAUCACUCUUCAUUGGGGGCUGUAGUCCCCGAAAUGGCCUUUGGAGCCUUUUGCACACUCCUGUGCCUUUACCAUUGCCUCUUGGCCCCUGCUCCUCUAUAUUACUGUGGAGUCUAUUCUCUCUUUUCUGGUUCGGCUGGAGGCUUGAAGGUCAGGAAAGCUGCGGAGGUAUAGAAACGAUGGAUGGGUGAUGCUUGAGGGUGGUAUACACUAUGUACCCUGGAUCAGUCAGCCCUAGCAACCUACGAAGCUAUGACCCUGCACGGAAGGCUCUUACCGCUGAGGUUAAGUGCUCGAUAUCAACCCGUAUGCGCAGUCGUAUAGCCAUCAGGACGGGAGGGUCCAUCGGAGGAGGUCCAGGGGGUUUGCAUUAUAGGGAGUUUAGUGCUGGGGGAGGGGAGGGUAAAGGGUGCAAGACUUUUCCUAGACUAGGGCCUUGGAAUGACUGUAAGGCGGAGGUUCUAACAAUCAUGAAUAGGUGUCGGUGAAGAUUACCCCCAUGGACGCGAAGAACUAAGGCAAAUAGGCGAUGAAUAAAUGGAUGUUAUUCUAGGUCCACUGUGAAAAGCAGGGGGUAUGCCAUCUUCCCGUGAGGCACGGUGAAAGCCUCGAAGGCUAGAGAAAGCGCUGUCUUUUGUUAUAGCUUUCCCGUGCGGGAUCUUCGUUAGAUCCUCUGCUAGGAUUUGGAUGAUGAUUCGAAGGUACUGUAUAGUUGGUGCGCAAUAGGGAAAAUAGGUCUGUUUUGGAAGGGGAGGAUGCGGGUCGCAGAUCUGAGAGGAGGGCGGAGGGUGCAGGAGGGAAGUGUUGAAUAUCUGCCAAUCUGAUAUCUGGGAUAUCUGGUUAUUAGGUGGAAACAACAGGUAU